AUGAUGGUGAUCAGAAGUCAUUUCCGAGCCACCCUCAUCAGAUCAUCACCUAUUCAAGAAAGAGAAAACACUCUCAAUCUCAAUCUCAAUCUCAAUCUCAGAAUUUUGUAUAGGUACAUUUAUGUGUCGAAAUUCACAGACGUUCUUGAUCGAUUCCGUCCCGAGAAUUACAAUUCCUCAAAAUUCUCAGUCCUUUUUCUCUCUACUAUCGAAGAACAACAACAAUCUGAUCAAUUCAAAGUCUUGGGUGUCAGCAAUGGCUUGGUUCUCUGUUGUUUAUUAGGACCUCUGGUUUACUAUGUUUGCGAUCCGGUAACCAGACAAUCGGUUACUUUACCUCGACCGAAAGACAGAUCCACAAAUCGCCACCCAAUUUUCUUCGGCGAGGGAUUUGUUAGUAAAGUAAACGAAGACAAUGUUCUCGUAAGCUUCACCGUUGUCAGAGUAGAACUACUCAGUUCACCCUCAAACUAUCUCAAUCUUGAAACCUUUUCAUCUGAUACUGGAAAAUGGGCCGAUUAUAAGUUACCCUGUAGCAAACCAAUCGCCCUUCUGAAACGAGGUGGAGGUCCUAUCACCUAUAAGGGCAUCCUUCAUUGGUUUGUCGACAUUCAUGGCAUGGUUGCUUUUGAUCCCUAUCGAAAUCAAAAAUCGUGUCGCGUUAUUCCAUUCCCAGAUGAAAGAGACAUCGACAGUGAGUACGAAUACGAAGGGAUUUAUCGAUUAUGUGAUGAAACGCAAGGUAAGCUUCGAUUUUUCGAGGUAUCACCUGAACCUUCUUCGUUUUACUGUUUUAGCAUGUGGGAUUUGAAAGAUUAUGAGAAAGGAGAAUGGUGCUCUGAGUUUAAAGUGACUCGGAGUGAUCUUUCAUCUUCGGAUCCUGAGUUAACCUCCUGGUUAAUGACUGCUAAUUUCCUUCCAUUAUCUUUCAACCCUUUCGAUCUGAAUAUUGUUUACCUGAGGUGCGAGGAGCUUAAUUGUGUUGUAUCCUAUGAUAUCGAGAAUAAAAGGUUAGAUGUGGCUUGUAAACCUAUUGGUGUUGUUGAAGAUCUUUCAUGGCGAGUGGUGGUGCCAUUUGUGAUUCCGAGGUGGCCAACUCGAGUUCCGAUUCCGCGUGUUCCAAAGAAGGCUGCGAAGGGGAAAGGUGGACAUCGCAAGCGUUCGUAUAGAAUCUAUACUCGUUUUUAG